AUGGGACGUCUAAAGCUGCAAACGGGUAUCAACUCAAUAGAGGAGGAGGAGCCUGAAGAAUGUGACGAUGCCUGUCCUAGCAGAACAACUUUAUCGUGCAUGAUAAAUUCGGAAAUUGGUGCUGUUUUGGCAGUAAUGAGAAGAAAUGUGAGAUGGGGAAGUCGUUAUAUGUCGGGCGAUGAUCAUCUGGAGCACUCUCUUAUUCAGUCUUUUAAGGCAUUAAGGAGGCAAAUCUUUUCAUGGAACCAUCAUCAGUGGCAAUCUAUCAACCCCACAUUGUAUCUACAGCCUUUUCUAGAUGUGAUUCGGUCUGAUGAAACCGGUGCAGCAAUUACUGGUGUUUCUUUGUCAUCUGUUUACAAGAUAUUGACUCUUGAUGUGAUUGAUCAUAAUACUGUCAAUGUUGAGGAUGCCAUUCACUUGGUGGUUGAUGCUGUUACUAGCUGCAGAUUCGAUGUCACGGAUACUUCUUCAGAAGAAGUCGUUUUGAUAAAGAUACUACAAGUUCUCCUAGCGUGUAUGAAAAGUAAAGCGUCUGUAAUGCUGAGUAACCAACAUGUUUGCACCAUAGUGAAUACUUGUUUCCGUAUAGUUCAUCAAGCAGGAAACAAAGACCAUGCAUUGGUUAAUGGAAGCUCUAAUUUAAAACAGGAGACUGGAGGCCUAAAUAAUGAGUAUGCUUUUGGAAGUAGAAAGUUGGAGAAUGGCAGCAUGAGUUCUGAGUAUGAUAAUCAGCCGCAACCCACAAACUUUGCUUCAAAUGCUGCAAGUGCUGUGACAGUAACUAUGAUGGAUGAAAACACAGCGAUAGCACUUACUGGCAAGGAAGGUGCAUCAUAUGAUGUGCAUCUCAUGACUGAACCAUAUGGUGUUCCUUGCAUGGUGGAAAUAUUUCACUUUUUGUGUUCUUUGCUGAAUGUUAUUGAGAAUACAGAAUUGGGUCCUAGAUCAAACACUAUAGCAUUUGAUGAAGACGUACCCCUUUUUGCUUUAACUUUAAUCAAUUCGGCUAUAGAACUUGGAGGGCCUUCUAUUCACCAUCACCCAAGGUUACUAAGCUUAAUUCAGGAUGAGCUUUUUCAUAAUCUGAUGCAAUUUGGUUUGUCAAUGAGUCCACUCAUACUUUCAAUGGUGUGUAGCAUUGUUCUCAAUCUUUAUCAUCAUCUUCGUACAGAACUCAAAUUGCAGCUAGAAGCAUUUUUUUCUUGUGUCAUUUUGAGACUUGCACAAAGCAGAUAUGGGGCUUCAUACCAGCAGCAAGAGGUAGCCAUGGAAGCCCUCGUCGACUUCUGCAGGCAAAAGACAUUUAUGGUUGAUAUGUAUGCUAACUUUGAUAGCGACAUAACUUGCAGUAAUGUCUUUGAAGACCUCGCUAAUUUGUUGUCCAGAAGUGCAUUUCCUGUGAACUGUCCAUUGUCUGCGAUGCAUAUUCUUGCUUUGGACGGUCUUAUUGCUGUUAUACAGGGAAUGGCUGAAAGGAUAACCAAUGGAUCUGCUAACUCAGAAUAUUCUCCUGUGAAUCUUGAAGAGUAUAUUCCAUUCUGGAUGGUUAAAUGUGAAAAUUAUGGUGAUCCAAAUCAUUGGGUUACUUUCACCCGCCGCAGAAAGUACAUAAAGAGAAGAUUGAUGAUUGGUGCUGAUCACUUCAAUCGUGAUCCUAAGAAAGGUUUGGAGUUUCUCCAGGGAACACAUCUCUUGCCUGACAAACUUGAUCCCCAAAGUGUUGCUUGCUUUUUCAGAUACACUGCUGGGUUGGAUAAGAAUCUUGUUGGUGAUUUUCUUGGAAAUCAUGACGAAUUUUGUGUUCAGGUUCUUCAUGAAUUUGCUGGAACAUUUGAUUUCCAGGAUAUGAACUUAGAUACAGCCCUUCGUUUAUUUCUGGAGACUUUCAGAUUGCCCGGAGAGUCACAAAAGAUACAUAGGGUGCUUGAAGCUUUCUCUGAGAGAUACUAUGAACAGUCACCACAUAUCCUAGCUAACAAGGAUGCUGCUCUUGUGUUAUCAUACUCAAUGAUAAUGCUUAAUACAGACCAGCACAACGUGCAGGUUAAAAAGAAGAUGACAGAAGAGGAUUUUAUCAAGAACAAUAGGCAUAUAAAUGGUGGCAAUGAUCUUCCUCGUGAAUUCCUAUCAGAACUUUAUCAUUCAAUUUGUAAGAAUGAAAUCCGUACAACCCCUGAACAAGGUGUUGGCUUUCCUGAAAUGACACCAAGUCGAUGGAUCGAUCUAAUGCAUAAGUCAAAGAAAACUGCUCCAUUUAUUGUAUCUGGCUCCAAGGCUUACCUUGAUCAUGAUAUGUUUGCCAUAAUGUCAGGGCCAACUAUUGCUGCGAUCUCUGUUGUAUUCGAUCAUGCCGAACAUGAAGAGGUAUACCAAACAUGUAUGGACGGAUUCUUAGCUAUUGCUAAGAUUUCUGCUUGCCAUCAUCUUGAAGACGUUCUUGAUGAUCUGGUUGUGUCACUUUGUAAGUUCACUACACUCUUAAAUCCAUCGCUGGUUGAGGAACCAGUCCUUGCCUUUGGAGAUGACAUGAAAGCAAGAAUGGCAACUGUAACAGUAUUCACUAUUGCUAACAGGUAUGGUGAUUACAUACGCACAGGUUGGAGAAAUAUUCUGGAUUGCAUCUUAAGAUUGCACAAGCUAGGUCUUCUCCCCGCCCGUGUUGCCAGUGAUGCAGCUGACGAGUCAGAGCUUUCUGCUGAAACUGUGCAUGGCAAACCUAUUGUGAAUUCUUUAUCUUCAGCUCAUAUGCAAUCUAUUGGCACACCAAGGAGAUCCUCAGGAUUAAUGGGUAGGUUUAGUCAACUCUUAUCUCUUGACACUGAGGAGCCAAGAUCACAACCUACUGAACAACAACUUGCUGCUCAUCAGCGCACUCUUCAAACAAUACAGAAGUGUCACAUUGACAGCAUAUUUACUGAGAGUAAAUUUCUGCAAGCUAAAUCUCUCGAACAACUUGCAAAAGCGCUCAUUUGGGCUGCAGGUCGACCUCAAAAAGUGAACAGCACACCAGAGGAUGAAGAUACGGCAGUUUUCUGCUUGGAGUUGCUGAUUGCAAUCACUUUGAACAACAGGGAUAGAAUAGGGAUUCUUUGGCCGGGUGUAUAUGACCACAUAUCCAAUAUUGUUCAAUCAACUGUAAUGCCCUGUGCCUUAGUAGAAAAGGCUGUGUUUGGACUCCUAAGGAUUUGCCAGCGAUUGCUCCCAUACAAGGAAAACAUUGCCGAUGAACUUUUGAGAUCGUUACAACUUGUCUUAAAGCUUGAUGCCCGGGUUGCUGAUGCUUACUGCGAACAGAUUACUCAGGAAGUCAGCCGCCUUGUGAAGGCAAAUGCUUCUCACAUAAGAUCCCAGUUAGGAUGGCGUACAAUUACAUCACUACUUUCCAUCACUGCUAGGCAUAUUGAAGCAUCUGAGGCUGGAUUUGAUACACUUCUUUUCAUUAUGUCAGAUGGUGCCUACUCGCUUCCAGCUAAUUAUGUUCUCUGUGUAGAUACUGCAAGGCAGUUUGCUGAGUCUCGUGUUGGCCAAGCUGAGCGAUCUGUGCGGGCACUAGAUCUAAUGACAGGGUCUGUCAACUGCUUGUCCCGGUGGACUAGCGAGGCCAAGGAGACAAUGGAGGAGGAGCAAAUGUCCAAGUUGUCUAAGGAUAUUGGAGACAUGUGGUUGAUACUAGGACAGGGUCUAAGGAAAGUGUGUUUAGACCAGAGAGAGGAGGUUAGAAAUCAUGCUUUAUUAUCUUUGCAGAAGUGCUUGACAGGAGCAGAUGACAUUUAUCUCCCAUAUGGUAAGUGGUUAGACUGUUUCGAUCUCGUGAUCUUCACCGUGCUUGAUGAUCUUCUUGAGAUUUCACAGGGACACUCUCAGAAGGACUACCGCAAUAUGGAGGGCACCCUUAUCUUAGCAGUGAAGCUCCUGUCCAAAGUUUUUCUUCAAUCACUCCCUGUUUUAUCACAAUUAACAACCUUCUGCAAGCUAUGGUUAGGUGUACUGACCAGAAUGGAGAAAUAUAUGAAGGUGAAAGUUAGGGGGAAAAGAAGUGAGAAGCUUCAAGAAACAGUGCCCGACCUACUUAAAAACUCUCUGCUUUCAAUGAAAAUGAGAGGUAUACUGGCACAGAGGAGUGCACUGGGUGGUGAUAGUCUUUGGGAAUUAACUUGGCUUCAUGUGAAUAACAUUUCACUUUCGUUGCAACUUGAGGUAUUCCCUGAGCAGGAUUCUGAACAUUUGCAGCACAAACAGGGUGAAUCAGUAGGAGGUUUGGCACCUGAAGAAAAGGUUUCUGUUCCUUCAAGUGGAAUCACAAGCCUUGAAGAUACUGGAUUUGUUGGUUAA